AUGGCGGAUGUGAUUAGCAAUUUGCCGGAGGCUGUGUUGUGCCACAUUCUGUCUUUUAUGCCAACGGAAGAAGUUGUUGCCACAAGUGUUCUCUCAAAGAGGUGGAAGGAACUCUGGCGCGUAGUCCCUACUCUCGACUUCGACCAUGAAAUCUACAAUGAAAACAAAGAGAGUCAUUCUCGCUUUGUUGAGUUUGUCUAUGCAGUUAUGCUAUCGCGAGAUUUGCACCAACCCAUUCAAACAUUUAGCCUCAGGUGUUGUGAUCAUAUUAACGUGAACGUAUGGAUUAAUGCUGCACUUCAACGCAGAGUUGAGCAAUUCAAUCUCUAUUUGCCCCAAUCACUCAACUUGUCCUCUGCAAUUUUCAGCCACAAAACCCUUGUGGUUCUCAAGUUGGUUGGAUCAACAGUGCCAGCUCUUUCGUCUGUUGAUCUUCCCUCGCUUAAAAUCCUGUCUUUAUGUUCUGUUGUUUUCUUAGAUCCUCGAUAUCUCGCGGAGCUUCUUUCUGGGUGUCCAAUUCUUGAGGAUUUUAAAUUAAAGAAAAUAUUUUUUAACAACGCUUUACCUGAGGGAGAGUUUAAAAGGAUACCCAUGUUGGUUAGAGCAGAUAUUCAUAGAGGCUAUAUUCCAUUGGAAAUAGUUAGUAAUGUGGAGUUUCUGUGCUUACAUGAGUUCGAGCUUGAGGAUGUUGACGAAGAGAUGGAUGUGGUUAAUAAUGAGGACACGAACCCCUCUAUUAUAGACUUUGUUCCCGUGUUUCACAAUUUAUCCCAUAUUGAAGUCAACUAUAUGGAUUAUUCUAAGGAUUGGCGAAUGGUAGUAGACAUGCUCAAUUAUUUGCCCAAGCUUCAAGCUCUUGUCAUUAAUCAGGUCUAUUUGGAUGAAGAACACGAAGCAGAACGAGGAGAUUGGGCAUACCCACAAUCUGUUCCCGAGUCCAUUUCAUUACAACUUAAAACAUGUUGUCUUAUUAAUUAUACCGGCUCUAAAGAUGAUCUUCAACUUGCAAAAUAUAUUAUGCAGAAUGCAACACAUCUACGGACCAUGAAAAUCUGUGUUUACAUGAAGGCAAAUCCAGAGGAGAAGCUCAAAAUGCUGAAGAAAUUAUCCUCGUGCACAAGGCGCUCUGCAACUUGUAAACUUUCAUUUAAAUAG